AUGACUCCGAGACGAAGUCUUAAGCUAUGGUGCAUAGCACUAAUCGUAUGCAUUGUGAUGGCCAGCAUGAUACCGAAUGUGGAAGCCAAAACUAAACGACGUCACAAAAAUAAAACUUCCAGUGGACACAAAACCAGUAGCGGAAGCAGUACCGGAAGUGGAAGUGGUACUACUCACAAGAAACCCCAUACCAGCGGAAGCAGUACCGGAAGUGGAAGUGGUACUACUCACAAGAAACCCCAUACCACGCAGACUGGACACAAAAAACCCUCUUCAGGUGGCAAUAAUGAUAAUCCGCCAGAAAAUAAACCUUCCAAACCAAAUCACCCCCACCAUCAGCCACCAAGCGGAGAAAAUCCACCUCCAGGAACAAAUCAUCCGGGACAAAGUAUACCCGGUAAUAAACAUCCUGCACACAAACAUCCUAGCCAAUCAGGAAAUGGUAAUGAGAAUGGCGAACAAAAUCGCCCAAGCGGUCAUCAUCAUAUAAAUAAGCCACAUCCGGGUAAUGGCGUAAAUAAUCAUCCGAAUAAAUCUCCCACCAAUCAUGGUCAUGCCAAACCAAAUCAUCCUAGCCAAAGUACUCCCACCCAUGCACCACCAAUUAAAAAUCAUCCCAUACAUAGUCAUCAUAAGAAUCAGGAGUCGGAAGGAAUGGAACCAAAUGAGGAAAUAAAACCGAUCCACAAUCACCCACAUCAUAAUAGUCCGAUGAUGGGGCAGUCGGGACAUCAUGGUGUUAAAAAUCAUCCAGCUCAUAGUUAUCCCACGCAGGAACCAGCACAUCCAACACAAAAUUAUCCCAGUCAUGGGGCUGUAAAUCAUAUGCAUGGUGCAGGAUAUCAGCAUCACAACCCCUUGCCACCAAGGGCGCUGUUUGUGCCAGCGGGUGGCAGCUAUCCCACCGCUGGGGUAAUUUAUGUCCAGCGGGCACCCUCAUAUGAUGAUGUGGCUUAUGAGGAGGGCAGAGUUCUGGGUCGCCAAAUUGCCCAAGCCAUUCGCCGUAGAAAUCGCCGCAAACAACAGGAACAACAAAGAGGUAAUAACACCUCCAGUACCACAGCUACCCCUGACAAUGGUCUGCUAGCCGAUGGUCCCCUAAAUCCAAAUGCCGCUCCCUAUGGUGUUGUAUGUGUUCCGGUUAAGGUACCUCAACCUGAUCCUCAAGAUCCCAUGAAAAUGCUUGAAACUGAACAGAAGGUUUGUUAUCCCGCACCACCACCUGCUCCAGGUUCCACACCAAUGCCAUCUGCUCAAAGACCAUUUAUACCGGAAGGAGCCAAUGUUCCAAUGACACCAUUAAACUCGGAACCAACAUCUCUACCCUCAAAUGGACCAAUGAUGUCUGUGCAAUCAGCAAUAGCACCAGGUUUAGGAACAAAUAUGCCAAGUGUGGGACAACAAAAUAAUCCCGCAAUUAUGCCAAUGAUGCCAGCCCAAUCUGCUCCGGUAUAUAUGCCAAAAAAUCCAAGUGUGGUCCAAGAAAAUCCCACAGGAACUGUGCCAAUGAUGUCCGGCCAAUCCGCUCCUGUGUAUGUACCUAAUAAUAAUCCAAGUGAGGGACAACAAAAUCCUGCAGGACCUAUGCCAGUGAUGUCCGGCCAAUCAACACCAGUCUAUGUACCCAAUAUGGCCACAGUGGCGCAACAAAGUGUUGCAUCGGAACAACCUACCAGCAGCGUACAACCUGGACCAGUGUAUAUGCCUCAAAUGAAUAAUAUGCCAUAUGUUUCUGAGGUCGCUGCAAGCAGUGUACAAUCGGCUCCAGUAUAUGUACCUCAAGUCUCCAGUAUACAAGGUGCAACUACGGCAUCGGAUAUGCCGCAGCAAGGUGUAACAACUUUGACCUAA